AACGCCUAUUUUUUAAUUGUGUUUUUAAAAACCAAAUGUCGUGUAUCGUGUAUCGUAAGUAAGUUAGAAUUUAUCAAUGAAGUUAUCUAUGAUUGUAUUUCCUUUUCUUCAUUGUUGUAUUGUGUACUGAACAAAAAUAUAGUAUUUUGUCAAACUGCUAUGAUGGAAAACUUGGCAAGGAUGUAGAGAAAUCCAGGAACUUAUCAUGACACUUAUACUCACAUUUUAACGACACUACAAUUGCAAGUUAUUUAAUUUGAAUAAAUAAGUAUACAGUGUGUGUAUUUCCAUUUUCAUAGGUCAUAAGUUAAGUGAGACUGCCGGACAAUAGAAUCUACACCACUUUUCAUAUCUGAAUGAUUAAAAAUGGCCCAAAGAAGUAUCUCAUUAUCGACAUGUCAGGCGAAGUCAUUACAGAGACGUCCUUCAAAAUUGAGACUUUCAUACUGCAAACCAAAAAGCGAAGAUGAUAUUGACUCUAAUUCCAGACCACACAGGGAUAAGUCCGAUAGGCUUCACCGAACCCAGAGUUUAAAGUUCAGCAGGAGAUCAAAAGUAUUGUAUAAGGCCAAAGGCAAGUCAAUGAUAAAAAUAACACUCUCUCCAGUCACGCCUCCUGAAGACAAAUAUACAGACAUAGAACUUCACCAUGAAGGUACCAAGGGAGAGCCCUGUACACCGAAGCGGUAUGACAAGUCAUUCAAGUUUUAUGUGGACGAAUGCAAUAUACAGUAUGAUCUACCAGCAGAUAUUAUUUUCAAAUCAGAUUUAGAAGAGUUAGAAAUAGUAGCAGUUUUAAGUCUGUUGGAUAUUGACAAAACAAAGACUAUCGCGUGUAAUACGGUUGAUCUCCGAGCAUCCUCCCCAGAACUGACAUUUUCAGAUCUCAGAAUAUUUGAUAACAGUAAAGGAUUUUUGUGUGAACAAGAACAACAGUUUCAAAAGAAGAGAAAACUGAAGAUUCAUACUGCUUUACAAAAACUGCUUAUGACAUCUUUAGAGAAAGAUGAUGUUCCACAUAUAGCGCUAAUGGGAUCUGGUGGAGGAUACAGAGCUAUGGUAGCCAUGUCGGGAAUAAUUAAUGCCCUCUACACUUCAAAAGUUCUUGAAUGCAUCUUGUAUACUGCUGUGUUGUCUGGCUCUUCAUGGUUCAUUGCAAUGCUAUAUUCUCAUCCUGACUGGCCAAAAAUAGACCCAAAGGAUAUUCAAACCCGAUUGAAAAAGCUUAUAUCUAGGGACCCUAUACGCAUUUGGACACUACUGCAUAAAGGGCUCGCUUGCGUGUAUGGUUUCCUUGAAAGUAAACUGACAGGAAAAGCAUGGAAUUUUACAACGGAUAUAUUUGCACCAAUGUUGGGAAAUGUGCUUAUCCCAAACAGAUUAAAAUGUAGAUGGAGCGAACAGAGAGAUAAAUUGUCAGAGGGAACUGUUCCACUUCCAUUAUUGGCUGCAAUUCAUGCAAAAGACGAACAGAAUACAAAUGAAUUUCAUGAAUGGGUAGAAUUUUCUCCAUAUGAAGUAAGCAUUCCAAAAUAUGGAGCAGCCAUUGAUAUGAAAAAUUUUGGAAGCGAAUUCGACAAAGGAUUACUUAAACAACACAGAGAUGAAAUCCCCCUAUUCGAGAUAAUGGGUAUAUGUGGUAGUGCUUUUACACAAACUUAUGACGAGUGGGCAAGAACAGAUGCCAGUAACAGGACAUAUUCUACUACACAAAAGUCGGAUAAACAAGGGUCAGUCGAUUCGGACGAAGUAGACGGUACUCUCAGUCAACAAGAUUAUUACGAUAACGAUAUCAAAUCAUCUGAAUGUGAUGUUUUCGAAAGUGGAUGUGUAUCUGAUGAAAGAGAGAAGGAACACCGACAACCUCAAUCUAUAACACCACAACCAAGUGAAAAAGAAUUGGAAGAUUUGUUUGAACGAGUUUGCCAGAUUCGCGAAGAAGGCGGUCGUACAUUUGAAGAGAAAAAAAACAGAAAUGAGAAAGUUGAUGGUGAUACUUGUAAAGAAGACAGAACACACGCAGAUGAACUUGAUAGUAAAAGCGGCGAUAUAAAACGUUGUGGACAGGAACUGUUAAUGAAGAGUAGAAGUGUAAGAGCGGCAACGGUGAAUAACUUUUUGAGAAAAGUGUCUUUUGAUGACACAUAUAGUUGCCCCUUGUCAGGAGAGAAAAAUCCUUUAUUUGAGAACUACUUGAAGAAUGACCUUGAGAAGUUAUGUUUGAUCGAUGCUGGAUUAGCGUUUAACUCUCCGUAUCCUCUUCUCUUCCAACCCGGUCGGGACGUAGACCUCAUCCUGUCUUUUGAUUUUACAGACCGAAAAAAAGAUUCCAAUGACCCUUUCGAGACAAUACGAAAAGCGGAAGCUUGGGCAAGUACUCAUGAUAUAAAAUUUCCACAAAUCAACUUUGAAGAGUAUGAAGGCAAACCAGUACAAGAACUUUAUAUUUUUGAAGAUAAUAAAGAUCCGUACUGUCCUAUUAUCAUGCAUUUUGUAUUGGUGAACAAUAAAUUCCGCACGUUUAAAAGUCCAGAAGUCAAACGAAGGGACAAUGAAAAUGAGUUCGCUAACUUCACUGUAUAUGAUGAUCAGUCAACAUUCCACUGCACCAACUUCCAGUACAGUGAGAAGAAUUUUGACAGAUUGUCACAGCUUUCGGAAUUCAUAGUUCUUAAUAACAUUGAGAAUGUAAAGAAAUGUAUCUCAAAAAGCAUCAAUAACAAACGAGAAAGGAAACCAACUGGCCGACAAAGACAUAAGACGGCGCCUUUGUAAUAUUAGUCGUGUACUAUUGGGGAGCCGGGUAAACGCAAAAAUAUCUGCGAGCUUGGUUUUUUUUAUUUGAGGAAUUACUGUGAUCUUUAUAUUUUUCUAUUUGUAGAUUAUUCACGUCGUAGAAUUUUGA